AUGGCCAUCCCCCACCCCGAGAAGGCUGCCGAGGGGCACAAGGGGCUGAACCGCAAGGGGUACGGCUACGGCGGGGAGGAUGCCUACUUCUACUGUUCCAACCGCAACGGCAUCACUGCGCUGGGUGUGGCUGAUGGCGUCUACAUGUGGAAGGACAAGGGCAUUGAUGCGGGGAUGUUCAGCAUCGCAACCCCCGCUGGGCGGUCGCCAGCCCGGCGGCAGGGCUGCGGCCACGCCUGCCACACAGACGUGCCCACCACACACGCAACACACAAAUGCCACUUUGAUGAGGCGGACCUUCCCGAGGAUGCCAUGCUGACCACCAUGCCCGUCAGCCCCGGCGACAUUGUGGUGCUGGGCAGCGACGGGCUGUGGGACAAUGUGAGCGAGGAGGAGCUGGUGGAGGAGGUGGAGCGGGAUGUGCUGGAGGGCGUGAAGCCGUCGGUCAUCGCCCAGCGCCUGGCCUUCCUGGCCUUUGAGCACAGCCAGGACAAGCAUAAGGAGACGCCCUACAGCCUGGGCGCCAGCGAGGCGUUUGACAUGGUGUACUCGGGAGGGAAGAGCGACGACAUCACCGUCAUGUGCGCCGUCAUGCAGUGA